AUGUUCUGUUCGAUUCCAUUUUGGUAUAACAACAACUCGCCGGUUUUGAUUUCACGGUGGCAGGCAAAUCUCGGCGCGUUUCUCGCAGUUUCGGUUCAAUAUCAAGCAUUUCCUAAGAAUUUUGGUAGCAUGCAGAUCGAAGAUCCAGCAGAAAAGACUGUUGUUCUUGUUUUCGAAUUACAGGAAACCAAGCAUGCUCCAGCGUUGUUUGAACAGAGGCGUGAGGGGUGUCCCGGCCUUGAGGAUUUCAGCAGCGAAGUUUUUGGAGGUAUUUGUGGUUUCAUUUUUGGCAAGUUUUGUAUAGAAAGGAUAAGGACAAUGACUUUGCAGGCUUUACGGACAAACUUGAGCAUGGCAGUAAUAGCAGGGCUGCCAUGA